GCAAUCAUGGUGGGUCCUAGCUCGCAGGUCAGCAAAAUCUUGCUGUCCCUGCUGUUUCUGCUGGUGGCGUUCUUCGCCUGGAUGGAUGUGAACCUGUACAUCCGCAUCCAGGACUACCCGAUCCGGGACACGGAUCCUUUCCUGAUGGCCGCCAACAGUACACUGCUGAAGCCUGUUCCGGGUGGUAGCCAUGCAAGCACGGUCACAUCGCCCAUCCUAGCACCAUCAUCGUCGAUGCCUCUGCAGCUGAAUAAGCACAUCGUGCGGUAUGAAGAUGUAGCCUGGGUAAACUGUGACCUAAAUCCGCUGUGCGACGUAACAGUGAAGGCGAUGAUGCUGGACCACACGAACCACUAUCUGUUCGCACCGAUCGCAACGAUCGUCGAUAAUGUGGCAGGCUUCUCCAAGGGUGAUCUCGUCACACCCAACAUGAUCUCCUUUUUCCAUGUGUUUGUUGCGAUAGCGGCCGGACGGAUGAUAGCGUCGGACUCGCUAGGCUAUCGCCGAAUCGGUGUAGUUCUGUUCCAGUUCCGUACCUUCCUGGACGAUCUGGACGGGCACGUCGCGCGAGCCAAGAAGCACAUCCGUGGUGAACGGUCCGAUAUUGGCUCUGCGGGGUACUACAUCGACGGGAUCUGUGAUGGGCUCGGCUGCAUUGCGCUGAUGAUUGGUGUGUUUGUAUUUUUGAAAAAUAAUCCACCCCGGCGCGGUUACACCCAGCUUCAAUCCAUCAUCCCCGUGGCGGAAUCUAAAUCUUCUGAAUCGGGUGUAAUUUAUAAGGUAAAAGUAACGACUAAGAAAGUCGCCCGGAAGGUCCUCUGCUAUACCGGCAUGCUGUUGCUUAGCUCGACGGGAUGGAACCGUUACAUCGCUAUCUAUCAGGAUAUGCUCGAGCGGGAAAAUGUAACCCCGGCGCAGUAUCUGCACCAAGAGUCGGUGUUCCGAUCGACCGGAUUCUUCUUCAUUGCCUGGCUGUGGCGUAUCUUUAAUGUGCACGCGUUGCUCCACUUUCUGCUGCUAAGCAUCUUCUGUGAUAAGCUGUGGGAGUACCUGCGGAUGAUCCAGUACACCGGGUACGUUGCGCUGCUGCUGGUUAUCAGCUUUGCCGAGAUGCAUCUGCUCGGUGUGCAGACGUUUAUCUACAAAUCCCUCACGGUGAAUAAUACGUCGUUGUGAUUGGGCUAAAACAGACAGAGUGA